UUGGCGCGUUUCAACGAGUGGUGCGGCGGCUGAGGGAAAGAGUUGGCCUCCGGGAGUGUGAAGUUGGGAUUCAACAGACUGAGCUAAGUCGGACAACACCAGAGAAUGGCAGAGUGGGAAAAAUGACUGUGCAUGAAAUCAUGGAGAAUUACUGGGGGAAUGUCCCAGAGAAGGAAUGGAGGAAGAGCAUCUGGCAAUUUCAAGAUGCCAGGGCGUUCCAGUGCAAAUUCAGGAUCAACUGGUUUCAUCUCCUUCAGUGGUAUAGAGUCUGCUCUCUCUUCCCUAAAAAACUUCCAGUCCUGUAUCAGCUCUGGAAUGGACACAGUUUCUAGUGUUGCUUUGGAUCUUGUGGAGACUCAGACUGAAGUGAGCAGUGAAUACAGUAUGGACAAGGCCAUGGUUGAAUUCGCUAUGAUGGAUCGGGAGCUAAACCAUUACAUUAAGGCUGUUCAGUCUGCAAUAAAUCAUGUAAAAGAAGAACGUCCAGAAAAUAUACCAGAUUUAAAAUUAUUGGUGGAGAAGAAAUUUUUGGCUUUACAGAAUAAGAAUUCUGAUGCAGACUUUCAGAAAAAUGAAAAAUUUGUACAGUUUAAGCAACAGCUGAAAGAACUAAAGAAGCAAUAUGGUCAACAAGCAGACCGAGAGACAGAGGGACCAGGAGUUGAUGAAGAUAUGAUUGUGACCCAGAGCCAGAUUAACUUCAUCUGCCCCAUUACCCAGUUGGAAAUGAAGAAACCAGUGAAAAAUAAAGUGUGUGGCCACACCUAUGAAGAGGAAGCCAUUGUUCGCAUGAUUGAAUCCAAGCACAAGCGGAAGAAGAAGGCCUGGAUGAAGCACUGCGAAGAGCAAUUGAAGGUCAUAAUAAGAAAAGAUGUCGUCAGCCCGUGUAGAGCAAAGCCAGCAGCCCCCAGGGCAGCCAGCAGCCUACCUCUGACCCUAGCCAUCUGUGAGAGGGAUGUGUGCCAGGCCUUGAAGGCCCAGCUGCACAGCAUACUUCGUUUGGGUGAAACUUGAUGGUUGUGAAGUGUGAUCGAAAGCACUUUUUUUAAGUGACACAAUACAAAUGCAAGCACAUUACACAGUUUUUUAAAUGUUCGAUAAUUUUAAAUAAAACAUUGAUUA